CCAUGGUGCGUCACCGUAGAAGAGGAUGAUGCUGUUAUGUAAAGCACGCUGACAGAGCUCAACUUCACCGGAGUCUUACUGAUGUGGGCCCAACUCAGAGGUUUAUUCACUGCUUUAAGAGCUUGAAGUGUUGUUUGUUGGUUUGUUCGGGAAUGUCGACAUCGCGCGCGAAUGGACCAACGGCGCAGUUCGGUUCGGACUAUCGAGGUCUCACCAUGAGUUCUCCGCUCCCAGUCCCCCUCGUGCUGUACAGGAAACGUACACCUGACUCUUUCCCGAUCCUUCUAGAAGAGAUCUCACGUGUUUCUGGUUGAUUGAAUUGAGAGUUGGACCCUCAGACAACAGAAACAUGCUAAAGUCGGCAUCCUAUUAAGAAACCACCCCUCUGAGCUCCAAGCUGGUUCUCCAGUGGAUGAAGAUGGUGAAGGCUCAGGGCAACUGCAUGGCCAAAUGUAGCAAGGUCAAGGACAGGAAAUGCAAAGAGAAGACUUCAGUAGCCCGAAAGAUAAAAGAGAAUAAGGUGGAGAGAAGAAGAAACACAAAUGUGUGCAGACACAGGAGGAAGGCCCUAAAAGUGAACCGCAGAGAUGCAUUAGACUGCUGUGUCCUGCUCACACGGCUGGAUGCUGAAGAUGUCAAGAAGCCAUCAAAAAAUGGAAAUAACAUGAGUGCAAAAGUCAAACAAAGAAACAAAUGUGAUCAAGCCAAACUAAAGCAUGAGCCCAUCCAAAAAGACAAGGAACCAAAAAUCAACAACUCCCACGUUCGUUUUAGAUUGUCACCAGAGCCUCGCAGGCGAAGGAUGGCCUCUCUGAACGCUGAGGCUGUUAACUCUCUGCUUCUGUUCCGCAGUGAUCCACUGAGCACUAGAAAAACACAGCUGCCUAAGGACAAUCAUAAAGCACAUGAGCCCAAAGUCCACAGAACCAAACGGAAAGCAAAAACACAAGACAUAGGUUGUAAAAACACUUCAGUCGCACAGGACCAGAGCAUUGACUGGUUAAGUAUAUUUGCACCUACACCUCGGCGACAGGCUGGCCUCACUGCUGCGACACUCCUCAAACUCACGAGUGCUCAGUACACAAACAAGAGGCAGAAGAAAAGGGAGGUGAAACAUGAGAGUGAGAGCACCACUCAGAGUGACACGCAGAGUAAACUAGACCACAAAAUAUGGACCCAACACACAAGGCAAAAGACCAGGGUUAAGGGAAGGCUGCGGAGCUGCUCUGGAUCUUCUGCUCAGACUGUGAGACCUGAGCUAGAAAACUGUGGUAAAGCUCCUCUGCAGCAUCCCACUGCUCCCAGCUUCUCUUUGCAGGUGAAAGAGGAGAAGGUGGAGAACCAGGUAUCAUCCUGCUACUGCUGCACUCAGGAGCAGUGUGUCCAAUACUGCCACCGCCUCGCCCUCUUUCUCCGGGACAAGUCAUUUCAAGGACAGGACAGUGUGUUCCACCAUCACCACCAUCACCACCACUUCCCGGCCCUCGGCACACACUCGUACACCUGUUUCCCUGGAUACUACUUUCACUUGUGCCACCCUUCUGACGCGUCGCAGGAGCAUAUGUACCCCAGCAGCAGAAAGGUGACCAAGCUGCUGGGAACCCAGAGCUCAGGGGCCUCAGGGAUCUCUCACCCCGUCUACUGCUGCACCUCUGUGGAGCCCUGUUUUGACCCUUGUACAGUCAGUAGUUACCAGCAGUACUCCAGUAUGAUUCCAGCCAUCUGCCACUUGGGCUGUACCUCUUGCAACCGCACUAUAAAGAAAGAAGAAUACCCCCCAGCAGUGAGUGACCUGCACAGCCCCCUAUCCCUCCCCAUGUGUUCUAGUCCCAGAGUCCUCACUGGCUGUCCGAUUCCUCCAGUGCCUCCAGCCGGACAAUCAGUACACGCUCCAGCCCUGCCCUCUGAUCCAAGCGAGCCCACUGCUCCUUUGCCUUUGGGUCACAAUUGUCCACAGAGUGCCAGUGCCUCCAGAGCCUCUCAUGUUGGCUCAGUGGCCAUCAGGGACAGAAAGCACACACCCUCUGCCAGUGGGGGGGGCCAUAUCAUCAACAAGUGGCAGCAUAAAAGCACCAACGGGUGGCGGCCAGUGGGUCUGCCCUUUCAGAGGGAGGUGUUCACUGUGGAUGAGGAGACACCUGUGCUGAGGACAUGCUUCGAGGCAGUGCAGCGGGACAGGGACAUAAUCCAGGUUCGAGACACAGUCCUUCUCAAGUCUGGACCAAGGAAGAAGAGUCUGCCUUAUGUGGCCAAGGUGUCUGCACUGUGGGAGGAUCCAAAUUCAGGAGAGCUGAUGAUGAGUUUGUUUUGGUACUAUCGCCCAGAACACACACAAGGAGGACGCAAGCCCCAUGUCCACUGUGAGAAUGAAGUGUUUGCAUCUCGACACCAGGAUGUCAACAGUGUGGCCUGUAUCGAAGACAAAUGCUAUGUUCUCACACUAGCACAGUAUUGUCGGUUUCGUGCCUUGCUGAAGCGGCAGCAGGAGGGUGUUGGCUGCAGCGCUGCCUCUGUGGUACCCCCUGCUCUGGAGCAUGGCCUGCCCACAUACCACUGUGUGCCCACUGAUCUGGACCCCCAGCUGGUCUUCUUCUGCAGGCACGUCUAUGACUUCCGCUACGGUCGCCUGCUCAAGAACCUUCACUAAUUACAUUAACUACACUUACCAACUUAUUAACCCACCCCACUACUGCUUCUGCCCUCUCUGAAAGGAGAGUCGGUACAGGACCAGUGAGUUGAGUUGAUACCUGGAUCUGAUGAAUGUCAAAGGGCAGAGAUUGGUUGUUGAUGAGAUGAACUCCAAGUCAUACUGCUAUAUAAAAUGUCACUGUAGAUGCCUUCUGGGAAGGGAGAUUUCUUCAUCUUCGCCUUAUUUAAGGAAAAAAGUAAAAUAAAUAAAUAUGUCAAAGAAACACAUUGAAAAGAAACAGGAACCAGUUUGAUUCAUAUCUUUAAAAAACUGUGUAAUAUUUCUUCUCUUCAAGUGAGUUGCCUCUUUCAU